UAGCUUUAUUGCUUGGAUGCCCCUAUUCACCGCCACGAAAGUUUCCUUCCUUAGGGUUCUGUUUUCCGGGCACUUUCCCUCUUUCGGUGCGCAAACCCCAGCUUGCUUGUUCAGGAAAACAUGGCUUUGUGAGAAGUUAUUUAAUUGGUUAAGCGAUAAGAUGGUGUAGGGAGCUCUCUGCCUGCGCCAUAAAUGAUAGGGCAAAGUAAGGCAGUAAAGCUGUUACCAAAGAUACGGAAGUGGAAGUUUUUAUGCAAAAUCUCUUUUAUGUUCAUUUUUCAGUACCCAUUACAACUGUGGUGAAGGAAAGUAGAUUUAAUUGUUCUGGGUUCUAAUUAAAGUUGAAUCUGCUGAUAAAAUGCUCAAGCGCAGAAAUUGGCUUUGUGAGAAGUUAUUUAGUUCGUUAAGCAAUAACGUGGCAUCGGGAGUCUCCAACAGCACCAGAAAUAAUAGGGCAAAUGAAGACAGUAAUAACGUGUGACCAUGAACAGAACCUUUUGGCUAAAGAAGUAUUUCUCAGUCACAGCGGUAAGCAGAAAUUUUUUGUUAGGCAGUUAAAUAGAGACUUUGCAAACCACGGCGUUUCCUGCUUCUUUAAUCAAGAUCGUGAAAGUUUGCCACUGGGAGAAGAUUUCCCCUCUCGUAUAUUCGAAGCCGGUAAGACAUGCAAAGUAGCAGUUUUUCUCCUGUCGAAGGAUUUCCUCGAAUCAAAGUGGCCCAUGCUGGAACUCUCUGCUUGUGUGGAAGCGAGAGAUAGAACCCGUACAAAUCCCGAUCUCAAAAUUUUACCCUUGUUCUUCCAGAUUUCACCAGAUGCUCUUAAAGACACGAAGGUAGACAAUGAAAACUGGAAACAGUUGAAGAUUUCCGGGGAAAAGCAAGCCGAAUGGCUCCGAGAUUUGGAACUAAUACGGCGAAUUAAUGGGAUAAAUUCCAGGGAAAAUGAUGAUGAAGUGAAGUUUAGAGAUGAUAUUGUGAAGGAAAUCUGGCAUAUACUUCCAACACCCUCGCCAAGGUAUCCUGUCCAUUGUAUGCAACGACAAGAACGAAUGUGUCAGGAGGUUGCAGAUUUCUUCAAAUCUGUCCAGUACGUCAAAAAGGGAACUAGUAUUGCAGGAUUGUAUGGAAUACCGGGCCAGGGAAAAACUACACUUGCCAAGGCUUUGCGCAACUUCAAAAUGGGGGAUUUCGAAGGUAAAGUAUGCCAUCUGGAAUUUUCUAGAGGCGAUUCAUUUGAAAGAACAAAACUUGCCCUGCAAUAUCUCACUCGCUGCCCUCAGUUGAUUCUUCAAACACUGACAGACCGAGAUCAGGCACAAGUUGAGUUGUAUAGACGAGUGAAGGGCCAAAGGGUAUUGUUGGUUCUCGACAAUGUCACAGAAGAAAGUAUUGACGAAGUAACGGAUUAUCUUAAGGCAGAGUUGGGAGAAAACAGCUGCAUCCUUUUGAGCGCUCGGAGUGUAGAUGUUCUAGAAAAGCAUUUCAAGAUAGGUAAGCGGUCAUGCAUGCGCCGUCCCAAGGCUUUAAGAGGACGAGGCCAUAGAAAUCUUGUUGGAAAAGGCACCUAUAGAUGUGUCAACGAUGGGGGCAGAGGAAAAACUUUUUGCUGUCAAGUGUGCAGACAGAUUUUUGUUCGAAGAGGUCGGUCGGAGAGGUCAAACAUUUCAUCCGUUAGCCUUAAAAGCUUUCGGCAGCCACCUCUUCAGUAAAUAUGGCCCGCGUUUGUCAAAGUGGGUUGGUGAGAUAGAAGGCUGGGUAAACCGAUGUAGUUAUGGUUUGGAUGAUUUGUUGGCUGUGCUAGGCAAAGCUUUUGAUAGCAUGCGUCCCGAAUUUCGCACCAUAUUCAUGCUUCUCACCCUAUAUAUGCCGCCUCGUAUGUCUCCCCACAAAGUUACUGAGUGGCUGGCAAUGGUUCUAAACAAAGAGAUCUCAUUUAUUGAAAAAGCAGUCGAGGAUUUAUGUAAGAAGGCUCUUAUUGAAGAAUUUGCAUCUAAAAUUCGCAUACAUGAUCUAUAUAUUGAAUUCGCACAAAGCAAAGCAAAUGAAAUGGCGAGAUGGCUGUUGUGGAAGGGCGACCCAUGUAGUACACGUGGGUUAAUAUCACAGCACAAUGCAGGUUUUGAAUUGGCUAAGUUGGAGCAGUGCAAGCAUCGAAGACCGUCCUAGAUCGCCCCCCGCGAUCUUCAAAAUCUGUUGGUGCUUCAGCUUGUAGGUGUGCAGAAUAUGAGAAAGCUUGACUUGGGCGGGAUGCGUCGUCUCAGAAGUAUUAUUAUACACAAAUGCAAAGACUUGACUAUGCUUGAAGGUAUGGAGAAAUUGCAACAGCUGGCGUGGCUUCAGAUAAGCGAGGUAAAUAAAAUGUUUAAACUUCCGGUGCUAAGCAGCCUCGAAGGCUUACAACAUCUUGAGAUUGACAUUGCAGGCAGGCAGGUGGUCAAUCGGCUGGGAGAUCUUAGCGGCUGCGUUUUUCUGAGAGAGAUUAAGGUUCGUUGUCCAUCCCUCUUGGACUUCCCAAGGUUGAAUGGUUUGCCGCAUUUGGAGAAAGUGGAAUUUAGUGUGUGUGAUAAAGUGAAGGGGCCUCUCGACUGUAGAGAAUGUGUGGAGCUUCAAAAUAUUGUCAUCGACAGUUGCUCCCAGAUGGCUUCGUUACCGCUCCUGGUUGGAUGUAAGAAACUAUUCAAAAUUGUAUUGUGGGAAUGUGAUGCAGUGAAGGCAUGUCCAGAUAUAGAUGUGCCAAGUGCUUUGAAGACACUAGAGUUGUUUGUUUCAUCAAAAGCUGCUACGGCGUCCCAAAGUUUAGAGUCUUGUUACACACUACAAAUACUUAAACUAUGCUAUAUGGUUGAACUAAGGGAACUUCCCAGUUUCAGACUUCUAUCAAAUUUGACUGUGCUCAAACUUGACAAGUGUGGUAUAAGGGAGCCACCAGACUUAACAUGUUGUGUCUUGUUGGAGGAUGUUUACUUUUUCACGCUGAUACAUUUAAAAAGGUUUCCUAACUUCUCACUAUUGAGGAGUUUAAAGAAGUUAACUCUUUAUGAUUGCUGGAGGGUUGAAGAUCCUCCUGAUAUUAGUGGCUGCCAUGAAUUACAGGUAUUCCAUCUAGUCUAUAACGACAAUAUGAAAGGACUUCCAAACAUGGGAGAUUUCCAACGGUUGGAGGAAAUCAAAUUGAGUUGGCAUUCUUAUAAGGAAAUUGAUGUCGAUAGUUCUGAAUUCCAUGUGGAUCUUCAACCUUAUGAGGAUCUUCAAUCUCGUCUGGAGCACUUUAAAGACGAAAACUUCUCGAACUUAAGUGAUGUAAGCAUACCGGGAGCAUUGAAAGAGUGGCAGUGGCUAAAGAACCAGACAAUACUGGGGAAAAGGUAUGUCCGUGGGGGAAAGACCUAUUAUUCUAUUACAGCUCCGUAUGAAUUGCGGAAGCGAAGCCAGUUUUCAGAGAAAUUAUUGGUCGAAACUAUUGGAAGGGCAAAUUUUAAACGCGCUGCAUUCAAAUAUUCAAAUUUAUUUUAUAGAACAGAAGUGAUGUAUACGGUAAGGCAGUCAAUAGUUGGGCAGUGUUCUAUGGUUCUUAUAAUAUUUGUGGUUGUAGUGUGUACAUUGUUAGCAAGGGGAGAAUGGUUAAGGGAUCGCAUUGUUGAUAUAAGCAGGGGAGAAUGGUUAAGUUAUUCUAUUGAAUGGUUAAGGGAUCAUAUUGUUAAUAUAAGCAGGGGAGAAUGUUGAAGGGAUUUUAGUGAAUGGUUAAGCGAUCGUCUUGUUGAUAUAAACAGGGCAGAAUGGUUAAGGGGUCGUCUUGUUGAUAUAAGCCGGGCAGAAUGGUUACCGUUAAGGGAUAUAAGCACCGGAGAAUGGUCAAAGUUUUUCUUAAAAUAAUAAUAUCUAUAACAUUGAUCCUUAAAGUAGAACGGAGAUUGCGAGUUGGGGUAGAAUAUAGAUUGCUAUAUGUUCAUCUUCAACUUGCUUUUAUAAUAUUUGGAUGGGUGUUAUCGUGUUCGCUACGUAUAUACUGGUGUAAUUGAAAGAAAUUCAGGUGUGCAGGCAAAUAAGAAAACAGAGUAUUUAAAAAAAGAGGAAAAAAAGUUAAAAAGAAAGAAGAAGCUAGAGCACAAAAACCAGAGCAUAAACAAAAACAAGGUAUACAAUGUAAUCGAUUGUUGCAACGACACUAGUGCUAUUAAUGUCAGUGAAGAUUACAAAUGCAGACAUAGAUACAAAGCUCUGUAGAGGUCUCUAAUUUGUUAUGAUAAUGAUAAUCAAAUUCUUACA